UUUCGCUCAAACCCAACAUGUUCUCACUUGUUCUUGUGCUACAUUUAUUACGGCAUUGUGGAAGUCGGGUCUCCAACACAGUAUUUCAAAUUGACGUUUGAUACCGGGUCACCGAUUCUGUGGGUUCCUAGUAUGAGGCUAGCGCAAGAGCGACCGAUGGUCCGUAGUGCGUACGUCCCAGAGGCAGUCGUCCGCAAAUCUGGAUCGAUUACUCUUCGAUAUGGGAACUAUAUCGCCAGAGGCGAUAUCUUCUCUGAUCUCGUGAAAUUUAACAAACGUCCGUUUCGCACGGAGUUCGCUGCGAUUAAUACAAUAGAAGGUUAUGUGGAUCAACUAUAUACAAUUGACGGGAUCUUUGGUCUUGGAAAAAAGCAGCUUUUUCGAGAGUUCAAAACAACUCCAUUGGAUGAUAUGGUCGCUCAAAAGGUGAUUCCAAAACGUCAAUUUGCCUUCAUUUUUGACCGAGGUGGAUCAUCUGGAACAGUCAUAUUUGGAGACAUUUCAAAGACUCGUUUUUCGGGGACAGUAAACUAUGUUCCUGUAGUCAACAAAGACGAAUGGGUAAUCAAGAUCAAAAGUAUUACGUACGAAGAUGGCACCGUUCUGGCUUCGGACCUCUCAGCACUGCUUGACACCGGAGCGUACAGAACAUAUCUACCGACAUCAUUCGCCGAUAAUCUUUUUUCCGGCAUUUGGAAACAAGCGAAUUUGGACGAUCUAAUUGUUCGGUGCGAUGCGAUGCGCCUCAUGCCCACACUUUUGCUGAAUCUCGAAGGUCACCAAUUAAAAUGGGAAGCGAACAAAUACACUGAGCAGCUGGACAUCGGACAAUGUAAAUCAACAAUCCAACCUGCAAACCUACCUUUCUCGUACAAUGCGAUCAUGGGCAUCUCGUUUCUGCGUCACUUUGCCGUCAUUUACGACGUGGAUAAUGAUGUUGUGGGAUUCGCCGAACCGAUU